AUGAGACCACAGAGCUGUGAAGAAGGUGGAGCUGCUGCCUCUCAACAUGAGAACCCAACCAGAACCUCCAACCAGCCACAGAAAGUCCUGCUGGUUCUGGGCUCUCUGCUGGCUGCUGCUCUCAUCGUCCUCUACAGACUCUGUCUGGUCCUGUUAGUGACUCGGGAAGCUGUCCGAACCCUGAAAGAGGAGAAUGAAGGUCUGAGGAAACAUCUCCUGGAUGAGACGUGUCUGAAGUGUGAAGCAGGCUGGGAGCUUCAUGGAGGAAAGUGUUAUUAUUUCAGCACCUGGAAGUCCUCCUGGACUGAGAGCAGACGUUCCUGCAAAGAUCUGGGAGGAGACCUGGUGAAGAUAGACAGCAGAGAGGAGCAGAUGUUCCUGUUUGGAAGACUGAGAAACAUUACGGAGGAUGAUUUAAAGGACAAGUUCUGGAUCGGACUGACGGACUCAGAGGAAGAAGGCAGAUGGUUGUGGGUGGACGGGUCACCACUGAACUCAAGCUUGACUUUUUGGGCUGAUAAUGAACCUGACAACCAGAGUCUUGAUGGUGCUGCAGAAGCCGACUGUGUGAGGAUGGGGAAGAAAGGAGGAUCUGACUUUCUGAAGUCCUGGUUUGAUACAUCCUGUAAUUAUGAUCAGAAAAGUAUCUGUGAGAAAGCAGCAGAAACUGUACAGUGCUCAUGUGUUUGUGGGUGAAGUUCUGUUGGUCUGGAAAACUGAGUCCAGGAUCAAGUAGCUGCAGAAAUGCUGGUCUUAUGAAGAAAAAUGUCACAAAAAUUAAAAAUUAACUUCCAAACAUGUUGAAACAAUCAUAAAAUUUUCCUCCUAAAUAA